AUGCUUUCUAUCCUUGUAAGUCGUCAAUAUGCUCAAUCAUGGAGAAGAUUGCAGAGGCUUAGUGGACCAUUGGCAGAAACUAUACGCAGGUUAGGUGAACAAGCUGGUGGAGAUAUGUCGGCGCUUCAUUCAGAUCUUAGAAAAGUCUUAACAGUAAUAUCAAUGCCACGUCUAAAAUGGUCAACUUCUCUCAAUCGUGGAGAUACGAAAGAACAAGAUUGGGAAGAAGCAGUAGAAGCUGUGCUUCGAGACAUUGCUGUAAAUGCUAAUAAUAUUCAACCAAAGAAGAAACAAAUAAUGCAAAUAGUUAUUUACGAGUCGAAUGUUUGA